AUUUGAAAUCCGAUGGGAUGCUGAUAUAACCGUGAGAGUCAAUGAGGCAAGCGCAAGCACGCUGGCGGAACGUAAGAUGCGGGUGUAGACAGACACAGAUUUGAUUGUCCAGAUUUUGUAUUGUUGUCGACUUGCUUUCAGUUGUCCUUCUCCUCACUCCGAGCUUUUACGUCUUGGAGUCCUUUGCGUCUCUUCAUUGCCGGGCAGCGGGUGCAUGUCUGCCUCGCGAUACUCUCUCCCCCAGCCCCCCAAUGACUUCAGGCUCCCGAGUCUCAAGAGUCUGAAUUUCGAGUAUCAGCGCGACCAGGAAAUUUCGAAUGCGACGACUAUACCGACCAGUGCUCCGACAAUCCCGCAUAACGCUUCCAGGCAGCAGGAGGUCGGACGAGGGAGGCUUGCCGGCCAUGCCCAAGGGGGAGGACACGUUCAGUGGACGUCGAGACCACCUCAGCACCAGCUGGGUCCUAGCACACAGCAGCCUUCGCCUCCACCAAAUGAUGUAAAUCGUCGUGUGGUAAAUCCACAUCCUCAAGCGCACCAAGGUCCCUAUUCUGCUCGACCUCCCAUACACGAAUCUGCCUCUUCGCCGUCGGGAUCGGGAUCGGGGUCAAAUUAUGGCGCGGUGCCUGUUUCAGUCCCGCAGCAUGUUCCACCGACGCACCCGUCGCAUUCUCAGCAACCCCAGAGGACGACGCAUCCCAGCGCAAAUGGGAAGAGGACGAGCAAGUCGGGGCGGAGCUCUCAGCAGACCCAACAGCCGUAUCCACCCUCGUCAUCCUCCUCGUCUCCCUUCUAUACUCAGCAGCAGCAACAGCAGCAGCAGCCUAGCCAGCCGGUUUACCAGGGUCCGCCACCGACCCACUCUUAUCCAGUCCACUAUCCCCCCGCUCUCCACGGAAGUGCCGAACCACCACCCUCUCAUGUGCAUCAUCCACAACCUGCACCUGUGCCUCACCAUUCUCAUUCGCGGCAAUCGACUUCGACUGCCUAUCCCCAUUCUCAGCCUGCACCGCCGCCUGCCCAUCAUCAUCAGCAGGUGCAUAAUCCUUAUCCGUCGCCAGGGCCCGGACCCCCGCCACCACCGCCGCCGCCCGCACAAGACUGGGAUGAGCGACAGUAUCAUCAGCAGCUGCAGCAGAAUCAGUCCCAGCAACGAUAUGCAGCUCCGUCCCCGCUUUCGCACUAUCCACCGUCGCAACAGCAGCAGCAGCAACAGCAGCAGCAACAGGCGCCGCCUCCACCACAGGCUCAAUAUAUGAUGCAGGAUCAGCGUUUAAGAACCAGAACAAGCUCUCAGUCUCGGUCUUCGCUGCAUGGAGCAACGACGCCGGUGUCUAAUCUCUAUGUCCCCCCUCAGCCAGCGCAUUCGUUAUCGCAGCCACCGCAGGGUCCCCCCGCGAGCUCGUCGAGUUUAUCCGGGGCUCAAGCACAUUCGUAUCCGCCGCCAUAUACACAUGCUUCGCAUCCGCCGACACCGCCGACACAACAGCAGCAAACGCACUCGUCCUCGCCCCUGCUGCUCUAUCCCCAUCAAUCACAUUCCCAAUCGCUUUCGCAUCCGCCCCCAGCGCCGCCGCCCUCCGCGUCGCCGCCGUCGUCGUUCUCUGAAACGCAUGGGCCUCCUCAAUACUCACAUUCAUCGUCGCUGUCAGGCUACGCGUCCCAACGGCACUCGCGGCCGACAGAGCAACGGCCGGCACCGUCGCAGAGGUCCAGCUCGGUAACUUCCGCGCCGGCUGUUUCGCCCGUCGCGUUGACACACCAUCGGCAACCGUCGGGGCCUCGACAGCCGCAGCCGCAACCGCAGCCACAGCCACAUCAAGUGCACCAUCAUCGGCCAUCGCAGCCCACCCCGCCGGCGCCGCCACCUGUGGAUGUCGCGCAAUCGCAGCAGAAUUUUGCCUCUGUUUCUCCUGUGAUGUCCAACAGGCCGCCUCGCCGACCGACACCCGUUACUGCUCCCCACGUGCUAACCCCAGCUAGUGCUCGGACGCCGACUUCUGCGACGUUCGAAUCAUAUCGGAGCAAUCCUCCGCCACAGACGACGGCUGGAAUGGGAUCAAUAGCUCCGAGGGAUCUCUACGUAAAUGCCAGCAUGGCCGAGAAGCAACAUGCCGCGCAUUCGAGAGGCUUGUCACAUUUGCAGCACCCGCCGCCGCCUUCACUGCCGCCGCUCGUAACUCAGCCGUCUCCCGUGCAGCUCGCGCCGCCGAUCCAGCAUCCACCGCCGCCGCCACCUCCGCUUGCUCAGCCCAUCCCAUCGCCACAAGAAGCGCCACCGCCGCCCAAUCCCAAGGCCAGUUUCAUGAAUGGGAUUGUCGAGCAUUGCACAGUUUUGUACCAGUUUGCGAGCCACUGGGCGCAGGCACAGGCGCAAGAUCCAAACGUCCAGCCGUCUCAGCAAGAGGUCGCUGCCAUGGCUGGGCGCGCGGCCGAAGUUGUCCGCUUGCUCGAGGAAGUCCGGAAGCUGACUGCUGAAUCUGCCGCUGCAGAUUCGAUGAGGGGCCGCGCGACCCCGAUGGACGUCGACUCUGCGGGUCCGAAUGACCACGGAAGAGGCCCGAAGCGGACUUGGGCGGAGAUGCAGGGCGCGGAGGAUGGCGAGGAUGAGCUAGAGGAGGAUUCCGAGCCUCAGCCAUAUCCCACGCCGACAGAAUCGAAAACAUCUCCUCCGGUGCAGUCGGGCAACAGCGUGUUUGAUUCCAACCCGCACAACGAAUCGCCCGAGGCGCAGACCACCGCGGAGUACGACAUGGAGCUGAUCCGCGUGAAACGGGCUGCUACGGGUGGGACGGUGGGUCCCAUGGGCCCCACAGCCAAGAACAAAUAUCGGAAACGCAGUAGGGCCACACCUCCUGGUAAAUGUCAUUCGUGUCAAAUCCAGGAGACUCCGGAAUGGAGGAGAGGCCCUGACGGUGCCCGAACGUUGUGUAAUGCGUGCGGUUUGCAUUACGCCAAAAUGUUGCGGAAGCGGGAAAAAGAGCACCAGGCGGCUGGGAACAACGGGGAAGUGCCCAAGAUUGACAUGGAGGCCUUGCGAGCAUCGGCCAAAGCCGACUUGGCAGAGAAGAGUGCCCGGAAAAGUGCGCAGCAGUCGCAGACGCCUGCCGAGAAGACCCAGAUGCCGGCGCCCUCGCAUUCGCACCAUGAGGGCACAUUCCAAGUCACGUUCUCGACCAUCGGACCGGCGGAUGUGCAGGCGCAGCUGAAUGGACGGGCGAAUGGGUCUGUUAAGGCCGAGCAGGCUGGGCCACCUCCUGGGCCGGCGGCGGCGGCAGCACCGAUGAUGACGACGACGACGACAUCCUGGGCCACUGCGCGGAAUUACACGCCGGACCAACAACCGUCGUUUAUCCGUGCGAAUGCAUCCCCACGAUGAGCGGCAUCCGCUGCAGCUAUCCAUCCAUCCAUUCGUUUGCUUUCGAUAUUGCUUUCUUUCGCAGGUGCCGCCCCAUCUACUUAAUAUUGUAUCGUCCUUGCACCUUGGGUAUUAUCGCCUAUCUGGUAGGGCUGGCUGUAGGAGGAGGAUGUAUGUAUCUUUGUGUCACUGGACUAAUCCUGAUCAACCCUCGCCGAUCUGUGCCUUUUGAGAAUCGGUACCGGUAUCGCCAAUCUCAUCGGGCUCCCCACGUGUGGCUGUGCGCCAGAUAUCAGGCGAGAUUGAUCCCGCGGAAGCAAAUUCAGAUCGAUCCCGGCCAACUUGGUUUUAGUGGUGGUAGUGUUUCUAGAAGAGAUGGAGGAUGUAACAUUGAAUCCGUCUACGAUCCAUCAUUGCGCAGAACGUGCACAAUCGAGCCCGCCGAGCUGUGUGUGUGAUGAUAGUUAACUCCAUUUGGAAGUUUCCCUUUUUAGACGACAGGUGUAAUUUCCCCGAUACUGCCCGAUAACGAUUCGCUUUGCGAGGCUUCGGAGAUCGGCAGCCUAGAAAGUGAUAGCUAGUGUAAUACGACUGACGUCAGGACCAAGUGAGAAACAAGUCUUCACGGGUACGAAGCAGCUAAGAGCACAGCAUCGACGAAUGAAUACAUAUAUACAAUCUCAAUAAUACUGGUAAGGUCGACGGCCGUUGAACGAAUUCGAUAUAUGCGUCGACUGGAAGUUCGAGCGCGUCGUGUGGUCGCCGCUGAUGUUCGUGAUCGUGAUGUUCCCCCCAAGGGUAUUCCCUUCGAAGACAUUGGCCCACGUGGGAUGCGCUGUGGGUGGGACACUGCCACUGCCGGCCGCCGAGGGAGCGGGGGUCGACAUGUGCGGUGGUAUCUGGCUCUGUGUCGACUCCGAUUCCGAUUUAGCUUGGGAGGCUGACUCACAGUCGAGCUUCUGCUGCUGCACACGUAGCUCGGUGAGGACCUGCACGACGUUCUCGUGGAUAGAGAUGCUCGAUUGAAGCUGCAGGACCACCACAUCAGCGCUAUCUUGACGGAGAACAAGAUAGGACCCCGCACCCCGAACACAUCUAGCGACUGUUUGAGCCGUGCCCGGAACUGGACUAUUUGCGCGGCCUGGGACGUCACGGUGAAAACCCGUCGGAGCAUGGACCUCGAUGCGCUUUUCUCAGCAGAGGCGUUGAUCUGUCCGAGAGUCCUAUGCGACUCGUGAGAUACGAAGCUGACGGGAUACUAAUAUACUAACACUAUAAGAUCCUCCACGCGCUUGCCGAGGGCGGACGACGGCUGCACCCCCGACUUGGCCAGAUCCUCGUACACGAGGACAAUUGCAGAGACCAGAUCACACGCAUCGUUCGCCAGGGCCUUGAACGCCUCCUUAUUGUCCCUCACGCCCUGGACGGUCUUGGAUAUCGUAAGCGCCAGGCCCGCGGCUUGCUGCACGAAGGGCACGGGCGAGAGCUGCGAGGCCGCGGACAGCGUCGCGAGGAUCGUGUUCGUAAUGUCGAAAGCGGCCCCGCUGCUGUUGAUCUGCGGAACCGACUCUUCGAUGUUCGAGAAAUAGGCCAUCCCAUGCGGGACCUUGGGGACUGCCGUGGAUGGCGAGGGCACAGAAACGUUCGGGGUUGCCAUUAUGAUGAAGCGUUGCUAUAUGUUGUAAAAAUUAGGGAUGUUUUGAAUCCUUCUACGUGCAUCUCGUUUAUAUCUUGAACCAUGGGGGCGGUGGGCACUGGGGGCACACAGGGAAC